GAAGGUUACAAAAAGGUGCGCGUUUGUUGGGACUCAGACUCAGAUAAGGGGAACAGUGCUGAGGGGGAGAUGCGAAGACGAGCUCUUCUCAGGAAAGCAUGAGAGCGAAGAGAGGUGAAAGUAUGGUGAAAGACCUCUCUGGGUUGUAUGAUGGAAGGACUGAGAAAGGAAAUAUCAAUAUGCAGCUCUAGGCCCUUCCCAUGGCUCGGUCCCCCCAAAACAGAGUCCUCAACCCAGCUAUGGAAACUCAAAGACUGCUUCCCAUCCAAUGAGACAAAGCCCGCUCAGCAAACGGAUAAAGAAAACAAUUACAUGGACAGCAGAAAGGCUGUGCUGGAACUGAAAGAUGUCCCUCCUCCUCCUCCGCACCAUUCUUCCUCCUCCCAAUCAUCCCAGCCCUUCCCUAUGGCCCCCUUCCCCAUGCCUCCUCCCUGCUUGCUGCCUCCUCAGCUUACACAAGACUCCCUCCAACCACAACAGCCACCACAACAACAAGAGGGGGCUAGCCCCAACGUAAGCAUUUACACGCACUGUGACUACUGUAGCACAGACAGCUAUGGGUUAUUGGGCGGUGGAAGUGUUGUUGGUAGCAGGAGCAGCAUGGCUGGUGUUGUGUCGCUCUAUAUGGCCCCAGGCUCUCUGGGAGCACCCAACAGCAGCAGCAGCUCUGGCCCUGUCUGUUCUGUUUCCUCAUCUGUUCAUCAGUAUAAACAUCACAUGAGCUGCAGAGCUGAUGCUCUUGACCCUUUGCACACUCUUGGUUACAAACCUCAGAUGUCUUCUUCUGUCGCUACCUCUCAGCCGGUUUCAUCACACCCCUACCUUUCCUGCUGCUCAGGGCCUCCCCACAACUACCCAGCUGUUCCUGUUCCAUGCAGCCAGCCAAACCUGUUCCCCUCCCCAGCACCUCUGGCUUCCUCUCUCCCCUGUGUUUCCUCUCUACCUGCUCCCUUGCAUGCCUCUUGCCUGGCCUCUUCUGGCUACUACACCUGCGGGGUGGGCUGCUGCCCGUCAGCCAGAAGACCCCAGAGAAACACACUGGGUGAUCACCCAACCACCACCACCAUCACCACUACAACCACCUCUGCACACUUCUGCUCUAACCCUAUGCACCUCAAUGUAGAACGCACGGUUUGUGUGAAGGGGGCGCACUACUGCCGGGAUUGCCUGUUUAAGCCUAUGAAUGGUCUAGCGUCAGAGUCAGGUGCAGUCUGGCCCAAUGUUCCUCUUCCACAGACUGCUCCUAUCCCCAUCCCUAUUUGUAAUGGCUGUGGCACCUCCUCUGAUGGCAUGAUGAUCAUGCCGUCAACCAGCCUUGGCAAGACUGGCCUGAAGUAUGGUUCUCCAGAGAAUGGGGGCCCUGAGAACAUCCCUCCGGUGGGGGUCUUCUGGGACAUUGAGAACUGCAGCGUGCCCAGUGGACGCUCUGCUGGAGCCGUGGUGCAGCGAAUCCGCGGCCGGUUCUUCCAAGGCCACCGUGAGGCCGAAUUCAUUUGCGUCUGUGACAUCAGCAAGGAGAAUAAAGCCGUCAUCCAAGAGCUCAACAACUGCCAGGUUACUGUUGCACACAUCAACGCCACAGCCAAAAAUGCCGCGGACGACAAGCUUCGGCAGAGCCUGCGACGCUUCGCUGAGACGCACACCGCCCCCGCUACUGUCGUACUCGUAUCCUCGGAUGUAAACUUUGCAAGCGAGCUGAGUGACCUGCGCCAUCGCCACGGUUUCCAGGUUGUCCUGGUCCAUGGCAACCAUGCAUCUCCAGCGCUGCUGCAGCAUGCCAACCGCCACGUGGCCUUCCAGGAGAUCACAGCAGAUCUGCCUCCACGUAUGCUUGUCAAAGCACAGCCCAGUUUCAACCUCCUCUAUGUGCACAACCUCCCUGAGAACUGUGAUAAGAGCCUGCGGAACGCCGUGAAGCUCAGGCUGCGCCGCCUCUCAGACAACUGUGGCGGCAAGGUGCUGGGCGUGUCCCAGGGCACAGCUGUCCUCCGUUUCGGCAGCAAUGAGGCAGCGGCGCGUGCCCGCAAGCGAAUGGAGAAUGAGGAUGUGUUUGGCCGCAGUAUCAGCCUCUCCUUCUCCCCGCGGCCCAGAAACGAUGCGAGUCCCGAGCCUGAGCUUCAGUCUCGGCCCCAUCAAUUGCCACAGCCUAUGACUCUUCCCCACACCAAUCACAGCCAGGAUUCAAUGUUUGGCCCGCCCCCAUCCAUAUCCUCCUUCUCCUUCCUACCCCUGGAGAAGCCAAGGUCACCCAGGAGGCCACGGCGAGCGACUCGCCCGGGCAACGCCCCUGGCCCAGAGCCUGAAAGGCCCUUCAGCCCCAGGAGGGGGUGUAGUGGGCCUCCCGGUGGUGCUCCAGCCAAGCCCCAUCAGGAUCUGGGGAUUGUGAAGGGUUUCCACACCCUGGAGAAAGGACGAGCUGCUUCCUCCUCCCCCCACAGCAACGGAGAGACCUCCCUGCAGAUGCUGCCAAAGCCUGGCCUCAUUGGAGAAUCCAUGUACAGGAGAAGAACAGAGGGCUCCUACCCUCGCAGUGGGACUGAGACCCCUAUAGACCAAGGGGACAGGAGCUCAGGGGACUUCCAGAUCAGCACACCCUCAGCCUUCAGCAAGUUGAACCUGCACAGGAGCUUCAGCCCCCUCACCCUGUCCCAGGGCUCCUGGUCGUCAAGGAGUGCGUCGCCCUGCCUGUCCAGCCGCUCCUCCCCCCUCCUCACUGCCCCUCGCAGCCCGUGCCCUGAAGGGGCUCCUGAGCCAUUCUCAGACGGGGCAGACGUGCAGGUGGCCAACCUGGACUACAGAAUGUCCCGCAAAGAACUGCAGCAGACACUGCAUGACACUUUCACCCGUUACGGGCGGGUGAAAGCUGUGGAGCUCAGCCCGCACACAGACUAUCAGCUGAAGGCCACAGUCCAGAUGUUGUCCCUGCAGCAGGCCAUCAGUGCCGUCAGCGGCCUGCACCGCUAUAAGAUCGGAGGCAAGCGCAUUCAGGUGUCUCUGGUCACCGGGGGCGGCAACAAAUCCCUCGCUAUGCUCAGCACAGAGAUCAUCCACAUUCUUCAGGAUGCACCUGCCAAUUGCCUUCCCCUCUUCAAGUUUACAGAGAUCUAUGAGAAAAAAUAUUCCCGUAAGCUUGUGGUGGGGGACCUGUACAGGCUGCCUGAGGUGGUGGCAGUGCGGGAGCAGGGAGGCUCCAGGCUCGUGUGCCUGCUGUCCAGCAGCCAGAUCCGUCAGAGUCCUCUGGGGUCCUCCCUGUCCCAGGAGGCCUCCUCCUCAGCCAGCGGCAGCCCCGUGGUGUUCGAGGAGCUCGAGUACCAUGAACCCGUCUGCAGAGACCACUACACACAGAGGGACUUCAGUGAAGCUGACUUUGACCCCGACUCCUAUAAAAUACCCUUCGUUGUGAUGUCUCUAAACACCUUGGCAUCCGAGGUCCACAGUCUGCUGCAGUCACAUGAGGGAACUCUUCCAUUACUCAGUUUUCCAGACUGCUAUGCAUCAAUGUUCAGCCCUCUGCAGCUGGGCACUGAGACUCUGCAGGACGGUGUUCCUCUGGAGCACCUCAUCACAUGUGUUCCCAGUAUUACUAUCGUCACAGCUCAGAACGGCUUCAAAGUCAUCAAGUGGAUCCACAACAAACCGCCAGCACCAAACUCCGAGCCAUGGAUUCAGCGCUGCAAGAGUCCAGUUGGAAACCCACAGCUCAUCCAAUUCAGCCGAGAGAUUAUCGACCUGUUAAAGAGUCAGCCUUCCUGCCUCAUGCCCAUGAGCAAGUUCAUACCCUCCUACCACCAUCACUUUGCCAAGCAGUGCCGUGUCUCCGACUACGGCUACUCCAAACUGCUGGAGCUCCUGGAGGCCGUGCCACACGUCCUGCAGAUUUUGGGAAUGGGCACCAAGCGUUUACUGACUCUGACUCAUCGGGCUCAAGUGAAGCGCUUCACCCAGGACCUGCUCAAACUGCUUAAAUUUCAAGCCAGCAAACAAGUGGCAAUCAAGGACUUCAUGCAAGCAUACCAUUGGUGCUUCUCUAGAGACUGGAGGGUAGUUGACUACGGCAUAUGUGACCUGAUUGACCUGCUGACGGAGAUCCCCGACACCACCAUCACUAUCGCACAUCAGGACACGGACACCAUCAUCUCUGUUCCCAAGAGAGAGCGUACGAUGGAGGAAAUGGACCACACUAAGCAGUUUGGAAAGGAGGUGGUGGACCUCCUCCGUCACCAGCCUCACUGCCGGAUGGCCUUCAGUAAGUUCAUCCCCACCUACCACCAUCACUUCGGCCGCCAGUGCAAGCUCAGCUACUACGGCUUCACCAAACUGAUUGAACUCUUCGAGGCGAUCCCCAACAUUCUGAUGGUGUUGGAGUGUGGAGAGGAGAAAGUGCUGACUCUGACAGAAGUGGAGCGCAUCAAGGCUCUGGCGGCGCAGCUGGUGAAGCUGCUGCGUGCUCAGAAGAACUCCAGCCUUCCUGUCAGCCAGCUGCUCACCGAGUACAGCAAGACCUUCGGAUACGGCCUCCGCCUGCAGGACUACGACGCCAGCUCCCUGCCCGCUCUGCUCACCAAACUCUGCCAUGUUGUCAAGGUGGUGGAUGGCUCUGCGGGUCGGGAGGUCCAGCUCAUCAACAGGAAGUCUCUGCGCUCGCUCACUUCCCAGCUGCUGUCUCUGCUCAUGUCCCAAGAGGAGGAGCAGGUCAGCCGGGGGCUCGGGGUGGAGGAGUUGAGUCAGUACUACCUGACUGCCCACGGAGCCACGCUCAACCCGUGUGAAUACGGCUUCCUCUCCCUCAGCGAGCUGCUCAAGAGCCUGCCUUACUUGGUGGAGUUGUAUAUUGAAGAGCGUGAUGACGCCGACCAAGCCCCCAGUGGUGUUUGUGGUGAGGAGCAGGUGAGGCUGACCCGGCUGUACCAGUUCGCCCGUAACGUCCGCAGCCUGCUCCACACCUACCACUACAACCAGAUCUUCCUCACUGAGUUCCAGGGGGCUUACAACAAAUUCACAGGCCGCAUCCUCGAACCACGCUGCUAUGGAUACAUGGGCAUCGACGAGCUGCUCAGCGCCAUUCCACAGGUGGUCUGGAUCAAAGGGCACGGUCACAAGAGGAUUAUCGUUAUGAAGAACGAUAUGAAAGGCUGCGAUGUAGUGUCAGAGUCGGAGCUGCUGUGUCUGACCCCCCCCCUGGACCUGCUCUGUGGUCCGUUCCCCUCCUGCCUGCCCUCCCCUCAGCUCCACCCAGACCCCGUCCUCCAACAGAUGGACCUCAUUCACUUUGAGGAGAAAACUCCACCACCAGAGAGCGGGGAACCUGCUGCUGUCGCCGACUCUGCAGUCUCCAAACCAGACAGGAAGCCCCCCCUGUCCACGGACAGUCCCGGCAGGAGAGCCACACGCAGCAGAAUCAAACUCGCUGCCAACUUCUCCUUCACGGCAGGCCUCUGAUCCUCUACACACAGCAGUACUCGUUCACACAGUGUAACUCUAAAUCAAAGAGUUGAGCGCCGACACUGAACACACCACACAGACCAGGAGCGUUAGUUCUUAACAGGCUGCUUUCUUCUUAUAUCUCCUCAUCGGCCAUCUUUGUUUUCUUCCGUUUGCUAAUUUCACAAUUGGUUCCGUGAUUGUGAGGGUGUUCGUCAUGCUGUGGCGUUCUUCUUGCAGACUUUCAGCAGUUCUUUUAUUUGCCAAAUGAACCUACUGUAACAUGUUGAUUCCGAGGGAAGUCUAAUUUUCUGUGUGGAUCUAAAGUUCAGCGCCACGUUGUUUCAACUCGCUGGCUUACGAUGAAAACAGUCUAAAUAUGAGUUGCCACUGCAUACAGAGUAUGCGAUAAUGGGAGAAAUGCUAGGGAGAAAUGACUACAUUUUCUAUGUUAAAUCCAACUAAUGUAGUUUUAUAAAAUGACAGAAGAGAUUAUUGGUUCAAGCGGCAUCUCAAGAAACCUUCAUUUAUACAUCCUGGCUGGAUCCCCUAAGACGGAGCAUUUAAUUUAUUCAUUUUUAAACUCCUUUCAAAUGUUGUGACUCUUUGCUUUUUAGGUAACUGUAGACAUGUCAACAAAACGGCUGCUGAGCACCAGCGUACUCUUGGGUAAAGUUUCCAAAUGGGUAGCUUCUCUGAGGUAUCUUCUCGUCUUUGUUAGGUAGCCUCAGGACAGCAUUUUCAGUUCCUUUUUAUAAAUGCAGAGUAUUUAUUAGUCUGGGAGAGUGUUGCCCAAGUGUGUGGUGUAUUUUGAUGACAUUAGUGUUAACUAUUCAGAAUGUGGCUUUCCUUAACGGAAGCCAUCCGAGUUUUUCAUUGAUAUUGCGACUUAAAAUCUCAGGAAUUUUUAUUCUUGUCGUAUUUGACCUUAUUUAUUGCAAAUAUUUUGGCUCUUCUCUGAAAGUCCUCUUCUGAAGACCUGAAAGGGGGGAAAAGUGGCUCUAAUACUCCGGGGGUCCAGAUGUGUGCUGAGGCGGCAGGAACUGAGAUGUAGAACUUUAGCUUUAGCCAGCAGUUUGUGUUCUUUUAGCUGCACUUUGUCUGUGGGGUUUACACCGGAGCAGGUGGUGUGAAAUAUGCAUGGUGUGCAUAAAUGAGUUUAUGCAUGGUGUAAGCCCGGGAGGAGCAGGCGAAUGACAUUUCUUUUACAUCAGACUUUCAUUUCCACCGUGUCUCGGCGAGUCGGUCUCGCCCCCUGCCACAAAACGCUCAAGGUUUCUAGAACCUUGUUGCUGCUAAGUCUGUGGGGACGUGGACUGCCUGAGGAAGAGUUCAGGGGAGCGGAGAGCACUCCAGAGUUUUUGAUUUUUAACGACGAGGUGAUUGGUUGUGAGAUAUUAGAUUGGAGCGGGAGGCGGUGGGCUGUUUUGAGGAGCACCACGGGGGCUCUGGGCAGCCUCCUGAAGAGACGACGUGCACACAGAGGACCCUCUGCGGCUCUCUGGAAUCUGCCGGGCUUUUACAAUGGCUUGUAUUUGCCGCGGUGCCAAAGGAAUCCCCAUCGCCUAUCUCCCCCUCAGGCCCCUGCAUCUCACAUAGUUUUUACUUACCGAUGUGUGUUGGUUUCUCAGUUUUUCCUCAAGUGUUUACAAGACUGCUGGAUGCCCUAUUGCCACCAAAAAUGUCGGCUGCCGUGAAGUGAAGCCCGACCACUGAAGUCUAAAGGUUGUUUGUGUUCGGAGGAAAGGUUAAACAAAAUGGGGAAUAGCCCAUUUAAUCAGUUUCUGUCCAGUUUCAGUGUUCACCUCUUUAGCCAGUGUUAAUAAUUUAGUUUGUCAGACUUAAUUUUGACUUGAAAAGCCUUUUAAAUCUGAGAUUUCCACUUGCUGACUCGCCAAAAUGUCAAACACAAAUGUUUUUAAAUCAGCGCUGGUCGGGAUCUCAACUGCAUUGUUUUACUGACUGUCUGGAAACCUCAUUACAUUACGGAACAAGCAGAUUAGAAUAGUUAAUUAUUUCAAAUUGUUAUUGUCGAAAAGGGGCUGAAAAUGUUCAACGAGAAAUGUCUAGAUUUAAUUAAGCAGCAAGGAUGUAUUACUUUUUAUGACUUUGAGCAAACCCUAGCUCUCCCUCAGUACUGCAGUGGCACCUUUCUCAUGUUAAUAACUUCUGCUUUCCCUUCCUCUCUUUUUGUCACACCAGUGAAACGCUAUUGUACCUGUGAAAAUAUGCACUUUUGCAUAGUUUUGCUUCAUGAAAUACUGUGAAAUUAGCUAUUGGACUGGGAGGAGCUGAAUGUUUUUGUGUCUUACCUUGACUGUAGUAUUCUGUUUUCACGUUGCACUAAAAGAAAAUGUCUCCUUUAUUCAGCAGUGUCCUUAAAACUCCUGCCUUGUGAUUAUUUUGUUUACUCCCCCUCCCCCUCAUUAUACUGCCUCACUGCACCAGAAGUCGCUGUGAAAGUCUAACGUUGUUAUAAAGGGACCAAAAAAAGAUUUCUGUUAAUAAAUUUCACAAGCAUCA